AUGUCCCCCCGAGUCAGGGACAGCAGGGAGCCCCUACAGCAGGGAGCCCCUACAGCAGGAGCCUCUACAGCAGGGAGCCCCUACAGCAGGGAGCCCCUACAGCAGGGAGCCCCUACAGCAGGAGCCUCUACAGCAGGGAGCCCCUACAGCAGGAGCCUCUACAGCAGGGAGCCCCUACAGCAGGAGCCUCUACAGCAGGGAGCCCCUACAGCAGGAGCCUCUACAGCAGGGAGCCCCUACAGCAGGGAGCCCCUACAGCAGGGAGCCCCUACAGCAGGAGCCCCUACAGCAGGGAGCCCCUACAGCAGGAGCCUCUACAGCAGGAGACCCUACAGCAGGGAGCCCCUACAGCAGGGAGCCCCUACAGCAGGAGCCCCUACAGCAGGGAGCCCCUACAGCAGGGAGCCUCUACAGCAGGAGACCCUACAGCAGGGAGCCCCUACAGCAGGGAGCCCCUACAGCAGGGAGCCCUACAGCAGGGAGCCUCUACAGCAGGAGCCUCUACAGCAGGAGCCCUACAGCAGGAGCCUCUACAGCAGGAGCCCUACAGCAGGAGCCUCUACAGCAGGAGCCUCUACAGCAGGAGCCUCUACAGCAGGAGCCUCUACAGCAGGAGCCUCUACAGCAGGAGCCUCUACAGCAGGAGCCUCUACAGCAGGAGCCUCUACAGCAGGAGCCUCUACAGCAGGAGCCUCUACAGCAGGCCUCUACAGCAGGAGCCUCUACAGCAGGAGCCUCUACAGCAGGAGCCUCUACAGCAGGAGCCUCUACAGCAGGAGCCUCUACAGCAGGAGCCUCUACAGCAGGAGCCUCUACAGCAGGAGCCUCUACAGCAGGAGCCCCUACAGCAGGGAGCCCCUACAGCAGGGAGCCCCUACAGCAGGAGCCUCUACAGCAGGAGCCUCUACAGCAGGAGCCCCUACAGCAGGAGCCCCUACAGCAGGAGCCCCUACAGCAGGAGCCUCUACAGCAGGAGCCUCUAGCAGGAGCAGGGAGCCCCUACAGCAGGGAGCCCCUACAGCAGGGAGCCUCUACAGCAGGAGCCCCUACAGCAGGGAGCCCCUACAGCAGGGAGCCCCUACAGCAGGGAGCCCCUACAGCAGGGAGCCCCUACAGCAGGGAGCCCCUACAGCAGGGAGCCCCUACAGCAGGGAGCCCCUACAGCAGGAGCCCCUACAGCAGGGAGCCCCUACAGCAGGGAGCCCCUACAGCAGGGAGCCCCUACAGCAGGAGCCUCUACAGCAGGAGCCUCUACAGCAGGAGCCUCUACAGCAGGAGACCCUACAGCAGGAGCCUCUACAGCAGGAGCCUCUACAGCAGGAGCCUCUACAGCAGGAGACCCUACAGCAGGAGCCUCUACAGCAGGAGCCUCUACAGCAGGAGCCUCUACAGCAGGAGCCUCUACAGCAGGAGCCUCUACAGCAGGAGCCUCUACAGCAGGAGCCUCUACAGCAGGAGCCUCUACAGCAGGGCGUUCUCCUGCCCACAGCCCUCACACUCCACCAGGAAAGAUCCCGUCUGCUCCGGACACUGGAACACACGGAACUUGGCCUGAAACACACACCACACAAGGUUUAA